CACCUGAAACCUGUUGCAUUAUCACUUGGAAGAUUAUCUUAAAUUGUUGCUGUGUUGUUCCUUUCUUAAGCCAGUAUUCAUUUUACUUCCAGUUAUUCGACGUUGAAGAAAACAGAGUAAAUACAUUAAAAAUUCAUCCGGAUUUUCGUUUGAUUGUCUGUUUCCAUUAAGGAUGGCAGUGAAAUUCUUUACUAAUGUGAUUGUGACCGCCCUUCAAUGUGUGCUUAUCAUGAUUAUUAUAACUUUCUUCCCUGGUCUACCACCUGAUUUAAAAUUCGAGGCAUUCAGUAUAAAUCCUCGACCAUUGUAUGGCGUGCUGGAAACCAAUAGCAAAUUGAACAACGCUGAAAGAUUAUUUGAAGACGAGGUUAAAGGACCGGAAGAUUUGGCCAUAUAUAAAGGGGAACUUUACAUGACAACACAUGGAGGUUAUGUCCAAAAAAUGACAAAAAAUGGUGAUCUUCUACCAGUCGUCAAAUUUGGAAAGCCAUGUGAAGGCAUAUGGCAAGAACAUAUUUGCGGUCGCCCUCUAGGCAUUCAUAUAGACUCAAAUGGAAUAAUGCAUGUGGCUGAUGCUUAUUAUGGCAUAAAGAAAGUAAACUUAUCUUCUGGAGAGGUAGAAGAUUUAGUAGAUGUCACAGAAAAAAUUGAUGGUGUGGCUCCAAUGAUACCAAAUGCCGUGGAUGUGUCAAAAACAGGUGAUGUUUACUGGACAGAUUCUUCCAUAUCACAUAAAUUAAACGACGGCCUUUUCACUCUACUAGGAAACGGUAAUGGAAGGCUUUUAAUGUAUAAUGCAAAAACGAAGAGGAGUGAAGUUCUAUUAAAUGGUCUUCAUUUCUCUAAUGGUGUACUUCUGUCAGAUGAUGAAUCAUAUGUGAUUGCAGCUGAAACAUUUAAGUCACGUUUAAUUAAAUAUUACAUUAAAGGUCCACAAAAAGGAACUUCAGAUGUUUUUAUUGACGAUUUGCCUGGGUUUCCUGAUAAUUUAAAAAGAGAUGCAAACGGCAAUUGUGUUGUGUCAUUAAUUUUACCUACAAAUUUAUUUUAUGAGUACAUUGUCGAAAUUCCUCUUUUGAGGAAAUUUAUUGCUAGAACAUUGGCAUUGAAACAGAUGUUGGUCAAAACCGUUUCAAAUAUAUACCAGCAUGUUUUGCUGGAUAAAUUGGCCCAUUGGAUUGGACAUUUUGAAAUGCUGCGUAUUACAUCUGCGCCAAGAAUGACUGUCAUAGUGCUGAAUAAAAAUGGAGAUAUAAUCGAGAGCUUACAUGCGACUGAUGGGAAAGUCGCAUACCUAAGUUCCCUCGUUCAAUUUAACGGUUUCUAUUAUUUAGGAUCUCCUUAUAAUUCGUAUCUCGGUAGAGUCAAAAUUCAAAAAGACAAAGUAAAGGUUUAAGUGAUAAAAUUUUUAAAAAAUUGUUGAAAAUUAGGCUGUGUUUGAAAAAAAUAGAUAUAUUUUUUAAUAAUAUUUUUCUAUUCAUAUUGUGACAGCUACACCUUACUUAUAUUUUAUCUAUAAAAUGGCCACUAUUUUGUUUUGAAUGAAUAGACUUGUAUCAGUUUAAUAGGUAAAACAGUGUAGCCCAACAAAAUAUAUUUUAAAAAAUUACAGUUUUACAACUAUAAUUAUUUUAUUGCUGGAUUGUAAACAAUUGGCCGGACCUAUAGGUAUCUGUGAGUCUAUCGGACUAUCAGAGUAUUACAUCAUACAUUUUUUAUCGAUUUGGGCUAAUUGUGUGCAUACAUUUUUUAGAACAUCACUGCUUACAUUAUGAUAAAAUUGCACUUAGAAUUGCCUUUUGAAUUUCUGUACCAUGCCCUGUAAUAAAUGCAUUUAUGAUACUUGCAUGCAAUAAAUUAACUAUUAAAGUUGAAAUAUUCUG